GGAGGAGGGGGGAAGAAUAGAGAGGGAAGAGAACAGGGAGAGUAGGAUAGAGGGGAGAGAAGGACGGAGAGGAAAAUAGAAGUGGAAAAGGAGGGGGAGAGAAGAGAGGUAGUGGAAAGGGAGGAGAAAGAGUGAGAGGGUGUGAGAGUAGGAGAAAGAGGGAGUGAGAAGAGAGAGAGAGAGUGAGUGAAAGGGAGGAGAGUGAAAUAAAUUGAGGGAGAGAGGGAAGAGUGAGAGGAGAAAGAGUUAGGGAGGAGUGAGUGAGUGAGCAGAGGAAGAAGAGUAGGAAAGAGAGAGAGGAGAGUGAAAGAAAGAGGGAGGGGAGUGAGCGAGGGAAUGACAGACGUUUGAGGGAGGAGACAGAUAGGGGGAGGGAAUUGCUAAGAAAGGAGAGGGAGCAGGGGCAAAUGAGGAUGGUGAGCAGGUGAAGGUUGUGAUGGUGUGAGAGGGAGGAGGGCAAGGGAGUGAAAAGGAGGGCCACGAGUGCGAGGCGGAGGGAAAAGGAGUGAGGCCUACACCACGAGUGGAGAAGGAAUAAAGGCAGUGAGAAAGUUUGUGAAAAGUGGUGUGCCUGAGGCGAAGAGGAGCAAUGCGAUUGCAAUCAAACCCCGCUUAGAGUGAGAUUUCGCCUGGGAUAUUUCGGCAGCUGUCAACGGAGAGUGAUCCAUUAGCCUGCAUUUUUCAAUUUUUUUUUUUUUUUUUUUUGUGAAAGACUCACUGGUUUAUUGAUUAACCUCCCUUCCUUGGCUCCAGAAGAUUUGUCUGGACAAAUCUCAAGCGGCAGUGGUCAACCGAUACGCUGCGAGCAUUCAGGCUCUGCUUUGUUGAAAGGUGCGACGUUGCCCCACCCCCCCCCCCCCCCCGUUGUGUCGGACUGUGAGCAAAGAUGAUUAAAUACUGGGGCGAGAUACCGGUGUCCUCCUCCCAGCCCGGCCGCAGCUCCUUCGACCUGCUGCAGCGGGAGUUCCGAACGGUGGAGAUUCAAGACCCUCCCCUGCACCAGCCGUCUGCCGAGCGGCCCCGUCCGACCACCAUGCUGGACGUGCCGUCCGAGCCCUGCGGCCUAACCCUGCACACUAUCCAGCUGAUACAGUACAACCGCAGGCUGCGCAGCCUGGUGGCAGCUGCCCAGGGACAGGGACAGCCCCAGGCCGACGGGCUGAAGGCCGAGGAGCCAGAGCCCCUGCCGCCGCCCCCCACCUCCCCGCUGCUGCCCGAGGAGCUGCUGCCCCUCGACAGCAAGACGCCAAAGUUCCCCUUCCAGCUGAGGCACAGUGACCCAGAGAGCGACUUCUACAGGGGGAAAGGCGAGCCGGUGACGGAACUGAGCUGGACAUCCUGCCGGCAGCUCCUGUACCAGUCGGUGGCCACGGUCUUGGCCCACGCGGGGUUCGAGUGCGCCCACGAGAGCGUGCUGGAGACGCUGACGGACGUGGCCAGCGAGUACUACUACAAGUUCACGCGGCUCCUGCGCUCGGCCGCCGACAGGGAGGCGCGGGUGGGCCGCACCCCCUUCCAGGACGUGAUGGAGCAGGUGUUCCACGAGAUGGGCAUCGGCAGCGUGCUGUCCCUCCAGAGCUUCUGGCAGCACCGCAUCAAGGACUACCACAGCUACAUGCUCCAGGUGAGCAAGCAACUGGCUGAAGAGUAUGAGAAACUGGUCAGUCCGGAGAAAGCCUCUGCCGAGGACACCAAACCAUUGAAGAUAAAGGAGGAACCGCUGAGCGACAUUGCUUUCCCCGUCAACGAAGAGAACGAAGCUGAUCUUCCCACAGGCGAGCAGGCCUUGCAGCUUGGAGUUCUGGCACAGGCUCAUGAACGCUAUGCCGCCACACUCGAGGUUGAUGCGUCUCCUCAGACAUCAGGCCCCGAGGUCAGCAGCUCUCCUCUGUGGAACCUGACCCAAGUUAAGAUGGAGCCCCAGGAGAGCGAGGAAGGCAGCGGCCCCCCCCACGGCGUUUUGGGCAACGACGUGUUCGAGGAGCCGAUGUCGGCCAUGAGUGACUCUGGCAUCCCGCAGACCCCCAACACCACCGGCUCAGACGGCAGCUACAUCUCCCACUCGCCCGACAGCCUCAUGGCCUCUUCCCCCGUCUUUAAUCAGCGACCGAAGAAAAGGCAAAGGAAGGUGUGAAUACUAACCAACCACCCCGUGCUCCAUUUUUAUAGUCCUUACUGCUUUGUUCUUUUUUUUUUUUUUUCUCCCCCUCUCUUUAAUAAUGUUAAUACGACACAUUCUCUCAUCAGAAUUGAGAUGUCACCACUUGCCGUUUGCCGAUGGAUUCUAACAAGAAUCAAAGCAAGAAUCAAGGCACUGCUUCACCAGCUGGUGGUUCCUUUGAGUUUAUUGAACUUGCCGAGGAAGACAAAGACACACAGGAGGGAGAAUGUGGAAACGGAUUGUGGAAACGCCUUCUCUGAGAAGGAGACGAGCCUCUCGGGUGAGACCAACGUUCAGAGCUGGUGUUCCCUGGCAUCGACGGUCGGACACAUCCGCUGCCUACAAUUUAUAAUUUUCUUCAGGCCGACUGCUUCAUAAAUGAUCAUUGGCCCUAUAGUGAAAUGCUUGAGCAGCGAUUUGUGGCUUUCUUUCACCGUGGACACUACGGUAGGCUGACAAUUAUCACAAAGCUCAGAGCGCUUAAAUCAGGAGCCAGAUCAAAAACCCGUGUGGCUUUUGAAUGGGGUCUGGGUUUAGGCUAUGAUUUUUAAACAAAAUAAUGAUGUUGCAAUUACGCAGAACGCUCAUUAGCCUGUCUUCAUUUGUCCAUGCUUCAAGGUUUCACGGAACAGUCUGUAUCUGAAAUGUCAAACUGCUGACACCUGCACUGAACAUUAGUACCGUUCUUCAUUCUUCUUGCUUAUCAUUCAUCCUUAUUUGAACUCCAGCCCACUGUUCCUGCCUGCUCAUCAUUUACACAG